GGCCGUGACGUCAUCCCUGCGGCACGGACAGGGCUCGUCCUGCUGACAGGAAACACAUCAAGUCAGUCUGCAGCUCAGUCUGUCCGCAUCUGUGUGAAAACAGCGGGACACACCUGGACAACAACAUGGGCAACGUGCAGCCCACCGUAGUUCCAUAUGAGGACUUUGAUGUUACAGCUGAUAUCAAAGCCAUCCGACAGGCGUGUAAAGGUUUAGGUACGGAUGAAGAGGCCAUUACCCAGAUCUUGGCCAACCGUUCUGCAGCUCAGCGUGUGGAGAUCAAGCAGGCCUACUUUGAAAAGUACGACGAUGAGCUGGAGGAGGUCCUGAAGAAGGAGCUGACGGGGAGUUUUGAGAACGCCAUCAUGGCCAUGUUGGAUCCUCCUCACGUUUACUUCGCCAAGGAGCUGAGGAAGGCCAUGAAGGGGGCGGGAACCGACGAGGCCGUGCUGGUGGAGAUCUUGUGCACGGCUACUAAUGAGGACAUCUUGAGCUACAAGGAGGCCUACGUCCAGGUGCACGAGCGCGACCUGGAGGCAGAUAUUGAGGGUGAUACCAGCGGAGACGUGAGGAACCUGCUCAUAUCGCUUCUGCAGGCGGCCAGGGAUGAAGGCUUCGAGGUGGACGAGGGUUUAGCCGAACAAGACGCUGCGUCUCUGUUUGAGGCAGGAGAAGGCAGGUUUGGCACAGACGAGUCGACCUUCACCUACAUCCUGACACACAGGAACUACCUGCAGCUUCAGGCCACCUUUAAGGCCUACGAGUCGCUUUCAGGAACAGACAUUCUGGACACCAUUGACGCCGAAGCCGCAGGAACUCUGAAGGAGUGUUACAUCACUCUGGUGAGGUGUGCUAAGAACCCGCAGCUGUAUUUCGCCCGACGCCUUAAUGCUGCCAUGAAGGGACUCGGCACCGAUGAGGACACGCUCAUUCGUGUUAUCGUCGGCCGCUCUGAGAUCGACCUGGAGACGGUGAAGGACAUGUACCUGGAGAAGUACGAUGUCACCCUGAAGGACGCUCUGGAUUCUGAGUGUGGCGGAGACUUUAAACGCCUCCUCAUUGAGAUCCUGCACUAAAACCUUCCUCCUGUACUGGCCUUAUUUAACCGUGACAUUACAUGACACACUCUCCUCUGCACUCAUCCUUCCAGUUUCACUUACUCACUUUGCAGGUUCUUUCUGUCUGUCAUCCUUCUUACAUCACUUUUCUUUUUUCUCACUCUGAGACACUCGGUUCUCUUUGCAGCGCGGACCAAAAAUCAGUUCAACAUUAUACCGUUCUGUGUUUGACACAUGGUAAACUUGCAUUUAUAGUCUUUGAAUACACCCAAGAACAUUAUCUCAGUGGAACUUCCUUACAGUUAUAGUCCAAUAUACAGUGAAGGUGCAUUGAAUGUUUGUUAUCCUUUUGACGUCUUUAUGGAACUUAUAUGGAACUUGUGCAGCUCAGCAUCACGCUCACAUAUUUAUCCAAACAGAAAAUAUUAGUAUUUUAUCCACAUGCAGGUUAUUUCAGCUGUAAUCCACCAGUUCAAGUUUAUCUCAACAUCGACAGCUUCAUGUAAUUCAUCCCUUUGUCAUCCAUCCUUCAUUAACGUCACAACUAUUUCUCAAAUGAUGCCUUUCAUCAACGUAAAGCGAUGCAAUUUACUUUCUGCUGCAACACUUAAGUGCCGAUUUAUCACGCUCCUAUGUGAAUACAUCAGUAAAUGUAUUCUGUCUGAUAAUAUUAUUACAGUCAUAUCAAAGCUUUAAGGAUACACUACUAGCUUUUUGUAUUCACAUCCCUGAACACCAAGAGGGAUUUUUUAACUGUUCUUUUUUUUUCACUCACAGCCCACAAGCUGCCUUGUUCUCACAUUUGUACACACAUUUACCAGACAAUUGCCUUUUUCCCUUUUUGUCAUUCAGUGACUAAAUUUACUGCAAAAGAAAAAACUAUAUAUGGUUAGAUGAUAAUCAAGAUGUGAAUCUUACACUGUAACCCUCUGAAGUGCAAUCAUUGAUGAUGUCCACACCGUCUGUAGUCGGGAAUGUAACUGUGUCUUAACUGAUGUUAUUUAAAACUGACAGUAAUAUAAAGUAUGAAAAUUUGCAGUUAUAUUAUCCACAAUUAGCAGCACAGUAAAUUAUUUAGAAAAGGUGUUACAGCGUUUAAAAUGUGCGACGUAUGAUGUGAUAAUAAAUUGUUAAUGCCACCAAAA